AUGAGUGAAAGUGAGGAUGACUGGCUCUCUCUUAUGCCCACUGAACCCUUGCAAUCUCAGUGCUGUGGCAGUGGCUGCAAACCGUGUGUCUAUGAUGUGUAUCAGAAGGAGCUAGCCCAGUGGGAAGAAGCCAAAGCAAAGAAAGACAGAAGCCUCCUGACCAAACAGAAGGAGGAGAGUAGUAAUUCAGAAUUAAAUCCAGAUACAUUUACUGCUUUCAAGAUAAGCUCUGUGGAACAGCUAACAGAGGACACCUACCAGUAUAAAUUUGAGCUGCCAGGAAAUAGCAGCCUGGGAUUGAGUUUAGGACAACAUAUUGUGUUAAGAGGGAUGGUGAAUGGUUUGGAGGUUCAGAGAGCUUAUACUCCAGUUAGCCCUGUAAACGCUGAAGGAUACUUUGAAGUUUUAAUAAAAUGCUACAAGGCUGGGCUAAUGUCACAAUAUAUAAAAUCCUGGAUUGAAGGAGACACAGUCUUUUGGCGAGGGCCAUUUGGAGGCUUCCCAUAUAGCCCUAAUCAGUAUGGAGAACUUCUUAUGCUUGCCUCUGGAACUGGCAUAGCACCAAUGCUCCCCAUUCUCCAGUACAUAACAGAAAAUGAAGAUGAUGAAACCUUUAUAACCCUGGUUGGUUGCUUCCGGACUUUUGAAAAUAUUUACUUGAAACCUCUUCUCCAAGAUCAGUCUCGAUACUGGAACGUCAGAACAUGUUACGUCCUUAGCCAGGAAUCUUCCCUGGAAAAACUUCCUUGGAGCUAUCAAGAAAACACACACACUGGCCAUAUAACUGAGAACUUGAUUAAGAAAAUGAUAAAUUCCUGUAGAAGAAAGCCAUUUGUGCUGAUUUGUGGCUCGGUAGCAUUUAAUGAAGAUAUGACUAGAUGUCUGAAAGCCAUAGGACUCAAAGAGGAUUCCUAUUUUGUAUUUUAG